AUGGAACAAAACACCGCCCUUUUGGUAAUGGAUAUGCAGGCUGCAAUGAUUGAUAAACUUCCGAAUGUCGUAAUGUUUAUCGGAAAUGUAGCUAAGGCUAUAGAAAAUGCCCGCAAGAAGAAAAUCCCUGUUAUAUAUGUAAUAGUUGGCUGUAGACCAGGUGCGCCGGAAAUAAAUAUGAAUAACAAAAGCUUUGCUGCACUUGGCAGGGAGCGAUGGACUGCGGAAUAUGUAGAAGAUUGGAUGAAAAUCCAUCCGGAUGUGGCACCAUUGGCCGAUGAGAUCAUCGUUACCAAGCGUCGUGUUAGUGCAUUUACCGGCAGUGAUCUUGAAGUAAUUUUACGUUCGCAGGGAAUCCAGCAUAUCAUACUCACUGGUUGUAGUACAAGUGGCGUUGUUUUAUCAACUAUGCGUGAAGCUGCUGAUAAAGAUUACCGUAUAACCAUAUUAGCUGAUUGCUGCACAGAUAGAGAUGAAGAAGUGCAUCGUGUGCUGACAACCAAAGUUUUCCCACGACAAGCAGACGUACUUGUGGUAGAAGAAUGGAAUAAAAUAUAA